AUGUCAGCCGGAGAUUACUACGGAGGCGGCGGAGGUCAGCAGAACUACGGGUAUAAUCAACAACAACAGGGCUACCCGCAACAGCAUGGCGGACAGUCACCAUACCCGCCUCAGAACCAAUAUGCUUCUCCCCCGCCUCAGCAGGGCGGCAACUACUACGGCUCUCCCGCGCCUGGCUCGUACGGAGGCCACAGCCCUCAGCCCGGGUACGGCCACCCGCCUCCGCCUCAGCACCAGCACAGCGGUUAUGGCCAGGGAGGAGGCUACCCGCCUCAGCAGCAGUACUCGCAGCAAGGACCGCCGGGCGGCUACCCGCAGCACGGCCAAGGCGGCGGCGGCGCUCCUCAGUACUCGCAGCAGCAACCUCAGUACGGCCAAGGCGCUCCGUCGCAUAGCUACGGAGGCCAACAACAGCAAAACCCCCAAGGACAGGAGGGUGACCGAGGUCUCCUCGGCGCCAUGGGCGGAGGCGUCUUGGGCGCUAUUGGCGGCGGCGCGGCCGGACACGGUAUUCUGGGCGCCAUUGGUGGAGCCAUUGCCGGCCACAAGAUGGAGGAUCACUUCAAGGAUAAGAAGCACAAGAAGGACAAGAAGCACAAAAAAGACAAGCACCACAAGCGAGACAGAAGCCGAGGCGGUUCGUCUUCGAGCUCAUCCGAUUCUGAUUAA